AUGCUAAGUUCGCUUCUUCCGAAGCCCAAGCACUCGGCAUACUUGCAGCCAGUACUUGUGGCCACUACCAACAUCUCUGAGAGCUCUGGUGGACGUUUAAGCUGGAUAGAGCAAACUGACAAAGACAGUGAGAAAAACAAUAAUUCUUCAAGAGAACUAAAUUUAUAUAAACUGAAUCAAAAAGUCAUUUCUGCAACGGAAGUAACUACCAGAAAGGUACAAGCAACAUAUGAAGAUUCCAUUCCGCUAAAAAAACGACACCCCAAUCUCAAGCAUCAUUUUCCAAGAUAUACAUGGGAAACAUGUCCGGAUGAUUCAGUCCAGAAUUGUGUUUCCGCAACAAAGCAGGUGAUUGAUAAGCUAUUGGGCUACAACAGAGACGAUUCCAAGAAAGACCAGGAAGUUUCAAUCAAAUAUUCCACAGGAGAUGACCAAGAAGAACGAACCAUCCAAAUACGAACGCUUCAAGAAGAUCCUAUGCUUCCACCCAAAUUCAAGCUUCGUAAGAACCGCCACCGUGAGCCAUCUCCCCCACCUCCUAUUCUCAAAGAUACCUCUUCGGCUACGCAAAAGUUGACAAAAGAAGACCGAGAAAAAUGGAAAAUUCCAGCUGCGGUUUCCAAUUGGAAAAAUAACCAGGGGUUUGCUUUAUCGUUGGAAGAUCGUAUUAGUGCUGCUACUGCUGGAGAAGAACAUUCUCAAGAUGGUCUAAAUGUUGAAAAGUUUUCUGCCUUGUCCAAUGCUCUCGAGAACGCAGAUAAAGAAGCGAGAGUAGAAAUUUCGAUGCGCAACAAAAUGAGACAAGAACAAGCUCUAAGAGAACAAAAGGAAAAAGAGGAAAAGCUACGCGAACUAGCUGUGCUUGCCCGUAACGAUAAAUAUAGGCGACACGAACAUGGCUCCGGUGGAAAGAGAGCGAGAAGACAAUAA